UCUAUUGUAUGAGGCCGCUUGUUGACCAAGCCUCGCUAUGCUUUUGACAAACAGCAUCGGUAAGGUUGGACGCUCACAUUCGAUGUUACCUACACCUCCAUACAGACCGACCUUUGUCCCCUCAACGGUACCAAGCCUGAUAUAGGAAUAUACAACUACCAUCUAUCAUGGGAAGUCUGGAUCCGGUUAAUCUUGGAGUAUUUCCAACGCUGAAUGAUUGCUGCAUCGACAGUGAUAUCACUUGCACGGCGCAGGAGCUCUCUAGAGAAUUGCUUGACCGUGCGAUAUCAUACUCUUCUGGCAAUGGCCUGGAUAUAACGGCGCUUCUACGGACGGCGUGGUCCAUUGUACUGCAACGAUAUGUUGAAUCUGACACGCUGUGUUUUGCCUUUGGCAUCAAGGAUGAGAGCCUUCCAGCGCGUGAUCUCAAGUCUUCUGUGUUACGAACCUGCCAAGUCUUGCUCGACCUAGAAGAAUCUGUUGGAGACUUGUGGAAGCGACAGCAGACGAUACCGGAUCUGGAUCAAGCCUACCAUCGCCAGAUCAAUUACAAUACCGGCAUCUUCAUUUCGAACUGUCCACCGGGAGUGGAUGCUACAGGCCUUUUCGCGGAGUUUGAAGCCUUGCACCCAGACGGCGCACAUUGCCAAGUUCUACUGGCCCUGGAAGGAGUCCUUCCUGACUCGCCACAACGACUGGUUCUCCUCGCCAAACCUUCCAUACUGUCGGCUAAGCAGGUCCGGAAUGUGGCUUCAACGAUUGCCCAAGUCAUAUCAGAAAUCCUGCUUGAUCCCAGGCAGACUGUUUCCGAAUUGAACUUGUUCAGCGCACAGAACGCCCGGGAUGUGCUGGAGUGGAAUAGUCGCGCGUGCCAGCAAUUGACAGACUCGCCUAUUGUCGAGGCUAUACGCAAACGCAGCUGUGCACAACCAAGCUGUGUCGCGAUUGAUUCAUGGGAUGGGCAAUUGACGUAUGCGGCGCUGGAGUCAAUCACCUCGAAGCUCGCUGUCCACCUCUACAAGUUGGGGGUUGGCCCAGAUGUACUCGUGCCAUUGCUGUUCGAGAGAUCCAUCUGGACCGUGAUUGCCCAGCUGGCGGUGCUGAAAGCUGGCGGUGCGUUUGUGCCCCUGGAGCCAGCAAACCCCGAUGCCCGCCUUGAAUACAUCGUUAAAUGCACCAAGGCUCGUCUGAUCUUGACGUCUGAGGCUUGUACGACCCGAGCGGCAUCGCUGGCAGGCAGAGUUGUGACCCUCUCACGCUCUUCCAUUACCAGUAUCUGCCAGGGCCUUGAUAAUGACUGCAUUGGCCUUUUGCCUCCGAUUAUUGAUCUGGGUAAACCGGCAUACGUCCUGUUCACGUCCGGGAGCACGGGACAGCCGAAGGGAUGUGUUGUAGAGAAUCGAGGCCUGGCGCAGUUGUCAUGGCAGGCCUCAUACGUGGACAUUCGUCCAACCUCCCGCGUGCUUCAGUUUGCACCCUACAGCUUCAUGAUGUCUGUGCUGGAGACCUAUAUGUGUCUGAGUACCGGGGCCACUCUAUGCAUUCCGUCGGACGAUAGUCGAGUCAACAACCUGCCAGGUGUGAUGGAGACAAUGAAAAUCAGCUGGGCAUGUAUGACUCCUUCAUUGUUGCGACGUCUAGAUGCUGACCAUCCGCCACCCACCCUACGCACCAUAGGGAUUGGAGGCGAGCCGAUGGGUGAGCAUGAAUACAAGGCAUGGGUCACCAAGGUGGGCCUGUUCUUUGGCUAUGGAGUGACUGAGUGUGCCGGCUUCCUCAGCGUGUCGCUGUUGAAGGAAGGGCAGGUUGACUGGAGGGCGCUGCCUCCAUCACCCACUGUCAGACUCUGGCUACUUGAUCCCACAAACCACGACCGAUUGGCUCCUGUAGGUGCGGUAGCCGAGCUGGCGAUUGAAGGGAUUGGUGUUGCAAGAGAGUAUCUCGAUAACCAGGACGCAACAUCUGCUGCCUUCAUCCAGGAUCCUACCUGGCGGCGCACGAUGGGUCCGCCGGUAGGUGGCCCAAUCCGAAUGUACAAGACUGGCGAUCUCUGGCGGUACAAUGGCGAAGGAGGCAUUCGGCAUGUCGGACGUAAGGGAACCCAAGUCAAGAUCCAAGGAAAACGACUUGACUUGGAGGAAGUUGAGUUUCAGAUGCGCCAGUCAUGUCCAGAGAGUACACGAGUCGUUGCAGAGGCUGCUUCACCAGCUGCAGCCUCAAGCAAUGACCCUCUGCUCAUAGCUUUCCUUCACUCACCCGAUUAUCUUACCGGAGAGCCUCAAGCGGCUCUCACCACCUCCUCCUCCUCCUCCUCCUCGCUUCUUGCCGCCCAGUCAUCGGAGACCUUUCGGAAAGAUGUCUCGGCUCUACAGACGAACCUUCUGGCCGUUCUGCCGGGACAUAUGCUACCGAGUAUCUACCUUCCCUUGAAGCUGGUGCCCUUCACCAUCACUGGGAAGGUGGACCGACGAGCUUUGCGGGAGAUGGUGCAACGAUUUACUCGGGAGGAGCUGGAGGCCUAUCAAUCCGCCCCUGUCGAGCUUGUUCCACCUACUACACCAGUCGAGCGGGAUCUUCAUGGCUUCUUUGUGCAAGUGCUUGGGCUGGAUGGCACUCGGUUUGGCAUCCAUCACAGCUUCAUCCGCCUUGGAGGAGACUCCAUGGCAGCGAUGCGACUGGUGACCCUAUGUAGAGCCAAAUAUUAUCCCCUGACAGUCGCCGAUAUUCUGGAGAGGCAGAACAUCUCUCAAUUGACUCGGUUUCUGACUCAGAAUUCAAUCAAGAUAAUCCCGGGACAUGCCCCGGAUGAUGACGAUGUCGUCUUAUCCGAGCCACAAUCACUGAAAGACACAACUGUCUACUUUGAAUCUAUCAAAUCAGAGCUUGCUGAAAUCCAGAUUCUGGACGCAGCGGACGUGGAAGACGCUUGCUGUUGCUCCCCCGUCCAGCAAGGCAUACUACUAAGUCAUGCGCGAAACCCGCACUACUACCAGGCAAAAGUCGUAUGGGAGGUGGUCAGUUGCGCAUCGGGAUAUGGCUCUAGUAUUGACGUGGAACUGCUUCAGACUGCGUGGCAGAAGCUCUGCGCUCUCCAUCCAAUGCUGAGGACCGUGUUCAUCGAGGCAGCUACUGCUACUCAGGAGACUCUCGCCGUGCAGGUUACCCUCCGGCAUCGCACCCGUCGAGUCGAGGUCAGGAGCUGCUCUGAAAGCGAGGUUCUAUCGCUGGGAGAUGUCCAUCGCCCUUCGAUGCCACGCCGUGGCCUCGCCUGGCUGCCAGAGUUGAGUAUCUACCGUACGAUGGAUGGGAGAGUGUACUGCGUGCUCGAUAUCCACCACGCACUAAUGGAUGCCAUGUCCUUGCACAUCAUUACUCGAGAUCUGGCAAGGCUCUACGUUAGGAACAGGCAAAAUGAUAAUGGCAACAACGACAAACUUCUGAGGCAGACAAAUUGUGCCUAUACAGACUAUGUCCGCCAUCUGGCGAGGAUGCCAAAGGAGCCAACGCUCGCGUUUUGGGAACACAAUCUUGCCGGCAUCGAGAAUUGUAUCUUCCCCAAGCUCAAUUGGAAACUCAAUAAUUUGGAGCCAUCGUGUCUGCGAUCAAUGAAAGUUGACCUCGGUACUCAACCAGACUGGUACUACCGAUUCUGCAGGGAGGCCGGCCUCACACUUGCGAACGUCUUCAAACUCGCCUGGGCCUUGGUUCUCCGUACUUUCACUGGCUCGAAUAGCGUCUGUUUCGGCUACAUGACACUUGGCCGAGACAUCCCCGUCGAUGGGGUCGAGGAGGCUGUCGGGCCGUUCAUCAAUACGCUCCCCUGUUUCCUGGAGUUGGAUCCUCGGGCAUCACUUCUGCAGACAGCGGAGAAGGUGCAGUCCGAGUUCAUCCGUGCUCUUCCCCAUCAGCAUGUAUCCCUAGCCGAGAUUCACAAAGCGCUGGCGGUUCGCAACGAGUCUCUUUUCAACACCAGCAUGACCUUUGUGCCCCAUCUGGACCUCCAGAACCAGGAGCCGGCAGCUGCUCCUGUUUCACUGAAACUGGUAGAUAUGCAGGGACCGACCGAGUACGAUAUCAUCAUCGAGGUCAACUCGCAGCACUCAAGCCUGGAGUGUUCUGUCAAGUACUGGGAUCAUUUUUUAUCAAAAGACCAGGCCUCACAUCUGGCCAGCGCUUUGCGUGUUGCCUUGGAUCAGAUCGUUGGCUCCCCGCAACACACCGUCAGCGAGGUUGAACUGUUCAGCCCGCAGGACGAGCGGAAACUGGCUGAAUGGAACCGAGAUGCUCCCUUGGCGGCCAAGGAAGACUGUAUUCACGAUCUCUUUCAACAGUGCUGUCGUUCCCAGCCCGACGCUCUUGCCGUGUGUUCCUGGGAUGGCACUCUGACGUACCGUGAGCUCGACUUGGAGUCAUCCAUUCUUGCCCACCACCUUCAUGCUGCCGGAGUACGGCCAGAGACUUUUGUUCCGAUCUGUCUGGAGCGGUCCAGAUGGACCUUGAUCGCCGUGUUGGCGGUAAUCAAGGCAGGAGGCGCGUUUUGUCUCCUCGACCCUUCGCAUCCGACCACUCGCCUGGCAGAGAUAUGCCAGGCCCUGAACGCCCCGAUUAUCCUGACCAGCGAGCCUCACGUCCACCGAACCGCUCAGUUGGGGGUGCCUACUACGAGCAUGGUGGUCGGAGACACUCUUCUACAAAGAGAUCCGAAGCAGCAGCAACUAGAGCCUGAGACGCUUUCCUCUGGCGUCACCCCGAGCAAUGCUCUGUACGCCAUUUUCACGUCCGGCUCGACGGGCAAACCGAAAGGUGUAGUCCUUGAGCAUCGGUGCUUCUGUCCGGCCGCGUUGUCGUGCCCCGGGCCCCUCGAUAUGAGGCCCCUCGACCGAACAUUACAUUUUUGUUCCUAUGCGUUUGACGUGAGUGUGAUCGAGAUCCUGGUCCCGCUCAUUGUUGGUGCCUGUAUCUGUAUCCCGUCAGAAGAAGAUCGAAUGAACAAUCUCCCACGCAUCAUGACCGACCUUCAGGUUACCUGGGCCGUUCUAACCCCGACGGUCGCCCGCCUCCUACAGCCCAACGCGGUCCCUACGCUGCGGACCUUGGUUCUGGCCGGUGAGGCUGUCCUAGCCUCAAGCUUUGAAGGCUGGAGCCCUCGGACCACUCUGAUCAGCGCGUAUAGUCCCGCCGAGUGUACGCCACUCGGGUUGGCGGCCGCUGUUGAAGAGUCCAGGCCUAAUUUUCUAGGUCGGGGCUUUGCCUCACACGCAACUUGGAUCGUGGAUCCGCAAGACUGCCAGAAGCUGGUCCCCAUCGGCGCCGUGGGAGAGCUGGUGAUUGAAGGGUCCGUCGUGGGCAGAUCCUAUCUUCAUGACCCGGAUCGCUCACUGCCUGACUCGCCUUUUAUAUCUCCGCCGAGCUGGCUGGCUCGCUUUCGUCGCUCAACCAUCUCGGAGCGACAUUUAUAUCGAACCGGUGACUUGGUCCAGUACGCCUCGGACGGGCAGGUGCGUUUUGUUGGACGCAAGGACUUUCAGGUCAAGGUUCGUGGGCAGCGUCUGGAGCUAGCAGAGGUCGAGCACCAUAUCGAAAGACUGCUUCCCUGGGCUUCCAGUGUGGUUGCAGAGACCGUUGUUUUGGAUGGAGAGAAGGACCGCCGUGCGAUCAUCGUGGCCUUUAUCUCUUCGGCGACGUUUGGAGAUGAAGUCACGGCCGAAGCAUCAAUAGCAGGAGGCGAAGCGACAGCAAUUACAGCCGAAUCUUCCUCCCCUCAACUGGGGCCUAUCGACGAAGAAUUCCAGGCGCACAUCGCCAAGAUGUCUUUGAUUCUGCGGGACAAACUCCCAAGCUACAUGCUGCCCACCAUCUUUCUGCCUCUCUCCCGAGUCCCCUUGACCAGGUCAGGCAAGAUCAAUCGAAGACAGCUUCGCCAUCUGGUGGCUACCAUGCCUCGGGAGACGCUGGAAGGGUCUCAGCUGGGCCAGAGGCAAAUGCCAGCUACUGAGUCCGAGUACUGGUUGCAGGCUCUCUUCGCCGAAGUUUUACACCUCCCCAUCGAGAAGGUCUGGGCUGACAGUCACUUUUUCCGCCUGGGUGGUGACUCCGUGGCUGCGAUGCAGCUGGUUGCAUCUGCACGAGCACGCCAUCAUUUGGCAAUGACGGUGGCCGAUAUCUUUCAGCAUCCGCAGCUAUGCGAGCUGGCCUCGGUGGUUUCAAUCUGCGUCAAUGGCCCAUCUGCAACCGUCAUUCCUUCUCCAUUUUCUUUACUGCCAGAGGGGCAAACAGAGCGGAUCCUCGGUGAAGCCACGAAGCAAUGCCGUCUACCCUCCGAAUCGAUUGAGGACAUCUACCCUUGUACACCUAUCCAGGGUGGUCUCAUGGCGUUGUCUGUACAACGCCCCCAGGCAUACAUCAUGCAGCAGGCAUAUACAUUGCAGCAUGGUGUUGAUAUCGAUCGCCUCAAGUGUGCCUGGAAUAAGGUGGCUGAGGCACACCCAAUACUCCGAACUCGCAUCAUUCAAGCUACCGGCACCGGCAGUUUCUAUCAGGUUCUCGUUGCUGCUGUUGACAGGCCACCGGCUUCUUCUUGGAUGCACAACAAAGCGGGCGAUGAAACAUCUCUAGGACUAGGAACACCGCUAUUAUGCCUGUCUUGGACUCCUCCCAGCGGUUUGGUUGUGACCAUCCAUCACGCGCUCUACGAUGCCUGGUCGUUUCCAUUGCUUCUACAAGAAGUUGAGCGCGCCUACCAAGGGCUCUCCUUGCAGCCACAGCCGUUCAACACGUUUGUUGCCCAUGUCCUGAAGUCGAUUGACUCCGGGGCCACAUUCUGGGCAUCUGAACUCGAAAAUGUCCAGACCGUUGAGUUUCCAGCCCUUCCAUCCAUGAACUACAUUCCAGACGCCCAGGAGAUGGUGGUUAAAACUCUGCCGCUGGUGGCUAGGGCGAGCAAUCAAGACGCCAUAACUCUGGCAAGCAAGAUCAAACUCGCAUGGGCCCUGACGACCUUUUGCUAUACAAAUACACGGGAUACCAUUUGUGGUAUCGUCAACUACGGACGUGGUGCGCCAGUUGUCGGAAUCGAGAGGAUCCUGGGACCAACAAUCGCGACCACGCCGCUGCGAGUCCGGAUCGACCCUGCCCAGAAGGUGAGGGACGCGCUGCAUGAGAUCCAAAGACGGGGCUUUGAGCAAACAACGCAUGAGCAUAUUGGCCUGCAGAACAUCGGCCAGCUGAGUGACUCGGCUGCAGUUGCGUGUCAAUUCAACACCCUCUUGGUUGUACAGUCUAAACAGUCUGCAUCCCAGGCCUCAUGGUUCCAGGGUCAACAGAACAUGUCAGACGUUGGGGCAUUCAGCAGCUACGCUCUGACCCUAGUGUGUGAGCCUCGCUCUUCUGGCUCCAUGAUCGAUGUCACGGCUGUCUUCGACUCCAAGGUCUUGCCUCCGCUUCAAGUGCAACGGAUUCUUUCGCAGUUUGCGCAUCUCUUAGCUCAGGUGCAGACUGUACCAGACCAUUUAUCGAUCUCAGGGUUGCAGAUGCUUAAUCCACGCGAUUGGGCGGAGUUGAAAUCAUGGAACCCAUAUCCCUCGGCCGUAGGCUCCUCCAGCAGAUGCGUCCACGAAGCGAUCCAGCAACAGUCUCAACUCCGACCAGACGCACGGGCAAUCCAUUCUUGGGACGGUUACCUGACUUACCAGGAGCUGGAGUACUAUUCAGACCGACUUUCCCGACAGCUUCGGACUCGUGGGCGAUUUGGCCCAGACUACUUUGUGGGUCUUUAUUUCGAAAAGUCGCGAUGGGCUGUCGUAGCUCAAAUCGCGGUGCUCAAGGCCGGGGGCGCCUUCAUCAUGCUGGAACCCUCCUAUCCCAUGAACCGCUUACAAGAGAUUUGUCAAACCCUUGACCUCUCACUCAUUAUUGCUUCCCAGCAACACCGACAUGAAGCCACGGUUCACCUCCGCCGGCCGGUUGUCGUGGCCGAUGAGAUUUCAAUCGCAAGGCCUAUUUGUCUCGACGACUCGAGGAACAUCAAGGCACGAGAGGGUAGUGAUAGGACUGUGAGUAGUGUCACCGACGCUAUGUAUGCCAUUGCCACCUCCGGAACGACGGGCAAGCCCAAGGUUGUGGUGACCGACCACGGACCGUUCAUGGCGAGCGCCAUGCCUUUGAUAGAGAAGUGCGCCCUGGGGCCUGACUCGCGUGUGCUGCAGUUUGCCGGGUACAGUUUUGACAACAUGAUCGCGGAUCACUUCUUCACCUUGCUUGCCGGUGGCUGUAUCUGCAUCCCAUCUGCUUUUGAGCGAGAAAACUGCCUGAGCAAGGCCAUUACAGAUAUGGAGGUCAACGUGGCUAUGUUGACCUCAUCGGUCAUCCAAUUGCUCUCUCCAGAAAAGGCACCCACCCUGCGAACAUUGUUGCAAGGAGGCGAACCGAUGCAGCAGGCUAUCAUUGACCGUUGGGCGUCAACCGGCGUGAGGUUGAUGAACUGGUACGGUCCGAGCGAAUGCAGCAUCUGCUGUUGCAUCAACACGUCGGUCACCCACAGUACCAGCCCGAACAAUAUCGGCCAGUCCACUGGAGGUGUAUGCUGGAUUGUCGAUCCAGAAGACCCGGAACGACCUGUCCCCAUCGGGGGCGAAGGUGAGUUGAUCGUUGAAGGCCCCAUCCUGGGACGGGGAUAUGUCAACGCACCGGACAAGACAGCCGCGGCCUUCAUUGCCCAACCUCGUUGGCUGAACGAUCUUCGAGGCCUGGAUGGUUUGGAUGGAGGUGCAAGGGUCUAUCGGACAGGAGAUAUCGCCCGACACGGCCCCGAUGGCUCCAUCUACUACCUGCGGCGCAAGGAUUCCCAGGCCAAGCUACGGGGCCAGCGUCUCGAACUUACAGAAGUCGAAUAUCAUGUUCAGAAACACUUUCCAGAAGCUCUCCAGACUGUUGUCGAAGUCACCGCGCUGGCCUCUGAUGAUGAGCGCUCGACCGUGUUGGUUGCCCUCGUUCGAACCUCUCAAGCCAGCCAGUCGAUGACAAGUGGCCAAGAUGAUGAGACAACUAAAAUGAAGGGUCAUAAGCCAGAAAUUCUCCUGCCGGCUACACCUCAAUUCCUAGAGAACGUACAAACAGCAAAAACUCGCUUGCAGGAACAGGUACCUAGCUACAUGGUGCCCACUCUUUUUAUCCCCGUCUCGUGGAUUCCAUGGAAUGUCAAUGGAAAGGUCGAUCGGCCUCUUCUGCGUCAGCUUCUCACCUCGCUUUCCCGGCAUGAACUCACUCAUUACAGCCCAAGGCAAAGAGCCGAUCCGACAACUGAUCUAGAGCGUGAGAUGCAAGCGAUCUGGGCGCGCGUGCUGAACCUUCCCCGGGUAGGAGACGUCGGUAUCCACGACAGCUUCUUUCGCAUCGGGGGUGACUCAAUCACCAGUAUGCAGCUCGUCGCCCAAUGCAGCGAGGCAGGGAUUCCUGUAACCGUGAAGGAGGUGCUCAAACACCAAACAAUCGCCAAAUUAGCAGCUGAGGUCAGCAAGAAUAUUGCUCUUGUUUCGCCAGAUAGGCUUUCCCAGCAGAAAGAAAAAACAGAAGAAGAAGAAGAGGUCGAUGGCGCAGUUUGCGAGCUGUCACCCGUCCAGCAGAUGUUCUUUGAUUUUAUUCCCCAGGGCCACAACCAUUUCAAUCAAAGUUUUUUCCUGAGGCUUGAGAAGCAACUGGAUCCUAGGACCAUUUCCGAGGCUGUCAGGGUUAUUGUACAGACACAUGGAAUUCUGCGGGCUCGCUUCAAGAGAUCUCAGGUUGGUGAUCAUCGGCUAUGGACACAGCGCGUCGUCACAGACUAUCUGGAGGGCAGCAGUCAUCGCUUCCAGCAUCACGUAGUGCAGACCCGGCGUCAGAUGGAAGAGAUCUGCGUCAUCAGUCAGGGGUCCCUCAACAUUCAGCACGGCCCCAUGCUGAUUGUCAACUUGUUUGACCAUUCGAUUGACCGAAAGCAAUAUUUGUUCAUGGUGGCACAUCACCUGGUGAUCGAUCUUGUGUCCUGGAGGAUCAUCCUGAGCGACCUUGAAGAGCUUCUGAGAUCGAAGAAAGCACCCAGUGCUCCGCCAACAUCCUUCUUGACGUGGUGUCGUCUCCAGGCUCAGUAUACUGCGCAUAACAACUCAGAGGUGAGGAAGGUACCCUCGCUUCUAGCUACUGGGGCGAUAACAUCCCAAACACCCAUGGGGAUGCAUAUUCUCGCAGUUUCAGUCUCGAUAAGACGACCACCCACCUCCUAUUGACCGGUGCAAACGACGCCUUUGAAACCCAGCCAGCGGAGAUCAUCCAAGCCGCUUUGUUGCAUGCUUUUGUCCAGGCCUUCCCGCAGCGCCCAGCCCCGCUCGUCUUUACCG